GGACCCGGCGCGGCCCGCGCACAGCGCUGCCUCCGGCCCCCCCACUUGGCCGUCGUGAACCUGUUUUCUCGUCUCCUCAGGACACGGGGUUCCCGGCUUAAUGAUUGCCCAGACGGCGGCUAUAAAGGGAGCCUGGGCGCCUCGGGGGAGGAGGAGCAGAAAGCCUAACUCAGCAGGUCCGGCCGCGCGCUGCGAGCGCCCUGGCCGGUCGGCUGGCCGGCUUCCACCAUGGCGGCCCAGGGCUACGGCUACUACCGCGCGGUGAUCUUCUCGGCCAUGUUCGGGGGCUACAGCCUGUACUACUACAACCGCAAGACCUUCUCCUUCGUCAUGCCAUCGUUGGUGCAGGAGAUCCCUUUGGACAAGGAUGACUUGGGGCUCAUCACUAGCAGCCAGUCAGCAGCCUAUGCCAUCAGCAAGUUUGUGAGCGGGGUACUGUCUGACCAGAUGAGUGCUCGCUGGCUCUUCUCUUCUGGGUUGCUCCUCGUUGGUUUGGUCAACAUAGUCUUCUCCUGGAGCUCCACGGUGCCUGUCUUCGCUGCUCUCUGGUUCCUCAAUGGCCUGGCACAGGGCCUGGGCUGGCCCCCAUGUGGGAAGGUCCUAAGGAAGUGGUUUGAGCCAUCUCAGUUUGGCACUUGGUGGGCCAUCCUGUCAACCAGCAUGAACCUGGCUGGAGGGCUGGGCCCUGUCCUGGCAACCGUUCUCGCCCAGAGCUAUAGCUGGCGCAGCACGCUGGCGCUGUCUGGGGCACUGUGUGUGGUUGUGUCCUUCCUCUGUCUCCUGCUCAUCCACAAUGAACCUGCUGAUGUUGGACUCUGCAACCUGGACCCCACCCCCUCCAAGGGCAAGAAGGGCUCCUUGAAGGAGGAGAGUACCUUACAGGAGCUGCUGCUGUCCCCCUACCUGUGGGUGCUCUCCACGGGCUACCUGGUGGUGUUUGGAGUCAAGACUUGCUGUACCGACUGGGGCCAGUUCCUCCUUAUCCAGGAGAAGGGACAGUCAGCCCUCGUAGGCAGCUCCUACAUGAGUGCCCUGGAGGUUGGGGGCCUUGUAGGCAGUAUUGCAGCUGGCUACCUGUCAGACCGGGCCAUGGCAAAGGCAAGGCCGUCCACCUAUGGGAACCCUCGCCAUGGCUUGCUGCUGUUCAUGAUGGCCGGCAUGACGGUAUCCAUGUACCUCUUCCGAGUAACUGUGACCAGUGAUUCCCCCAAGGAUGUUGCUUUCUGGACUCUGGCUCUGCACCCUCUCGCUGAGCUCACAGGCUUUAAGGAACAUGAGCUCUGGAUCCUGAUGUUGGGAGUUCUGUUUGGUUUCUCCUCUUACGGUCCUAUUGCCUUGUUUGGAGUUAUAGCCAAUGAGAGUGCCCCUCCUAACUUGUGUGGCACUUCCCAUGCCAUUGUGGGACUCAUGGCCAAUGUGGGUGGCUUUCUGGCUGGGUUGCCCUUCAGCACCAUUGCCAAACACUACAGCUGGAGCACAGCCUUCUGGGUGGCUGAAGUGAUCUGUGCAGCCAGCACAGCUGCCUUCUUCAUCCUACGAAACAUCCGCACCAAGAUGGGCCGAGUGCCCAAGAAAGCCGAGUGAAGAGAGUGCAGGUCUGGAGCAUCCCCUCCCACCUAUGGCCUUUCACCUGCACAGGGUCGGGAGAAAAGAGGGGUCUGCUCUGGCUAGCACUGAACCUUUGACCCCCUUCUGCUCCUUUUCCCCGGCCCAGGAGGCACUGGAAAUUACCAGGGUUCCAGCUCCCCAUCCUAUGGUCUAUUUAAAAGAUAACCUUUGUUUUUGGACUCUAUUAGCUCCUAUUUUGCCUUCAAAUAGGCAAACCCCUGCAGUCAGGGAGUCUCCUAUACUCUUCUUCUCUCCUGGGCCCUGCCCUACACCCAUCCCACCCCAUCCCCACCAGAGGUGAGGCUCUUCCUGCAGCUGCAGGCCACCCAUGGCCCCUGCCUUCUGCCCCAAGGCCUCUCGGUACGGGGGUGACUGCUACUGCCAACACCUCUGGCUCCAGGGAAGAGAGACCCUCCCUCUCACCAUUAUCCUGGGUUCAAGGGUAGGGGAGACGGACUGGAGAAGGGCAGGAAGACUUGUUAUAGAGGAUUAAAACUAGAUUUGAUACUAAACAC